CGGCGCCGGGUGGGGAUGGGGUCGCAGACGCUGCAGAUCCUCCGGCAGGGGGUGUGGGCCGCACUCAGCGGGGGCUGGUACUACGACCCGCACCAGGCCACCUUCGUGAACGCGCUGCACCUCUACCUGUGGCUCUUUCUGCUCGGCCUGCCCUUCACCCUGUACAUGGCCCUUCCUUCUUCCAUGAUUAUAGUAGCAGUUUAUUGUCCUGUGGUAGCUGCUGUUUUCAUUGUUCUGAAGAUGGUCAACUAUCGACUACACAGAGCACUGGAUGCUGGAGAAAUUGUAGAUAGGAGUGCAAAUGAGCUCACAGAUCAGCGAGCCAAAGCUGAACAAGGCAACUGUUCAACCAGGAGAAAAGAUAGCAAUGGACCUAGUGAUCCUGGUGGAGGGAUUGAAAUGUCUGAAUUCAUUCGGGAGGCCACACCUCCAGUUGGUUGCAGUUCAAGAAAUUCUUAUGCUGGUCUAGAUCCAAGCAACCAGAUUGGAUCUGGUUCCUCUCGUCUUGGAACAGCAGCAACUAUUAAAGGAGACACAGACACUGCUAAGACAUCUGAUGAUAUCAGUUUAAGUCUGGGCCAGAGCUCUAGUCUUUGUAAGGAAGGAAGUGAAGAACAAGAUUUGGCAACUGAUAGGAAGCUCUUCCGUCUGGUCUCCAAUGAUUCCUUCAUCUCCAUUCAGCCUUCUUUGUCCUCUUGUGGACAGGACUUGCCAAGGGACUUCAGUGACAAAGUGAGUCUGCCAAGUCAUAGCCACCACCACCACAUCGAUCAGUCUCUGUCCAGCGCGUGUGACACAGAAGUAGCCUCUCUUGUACCUUUACAUUCACAUUCUUACAGGAAAGAUCACCGGCCGCGAGGUGUACCACGGACUUCCAGCUCUGCUGUGGCCUUUCCUGAUACUUCACUGAAUGACUUCCCUCUUUAUCAGCAAAGACGUGGGUUAGAUCCAGUAAGUGAGUUAGAAUCUUCAAAACCUCAUUCUGGAUCCAAAGAAUCCUUGGUGGAAAAUACUUGUCUACCUGGGGAAUUCCAGCUUGCUGGUGAUCUGAAAAACAGUAAUUCUCAGCCACCCACAAAAAGUGGGAAGAGCAAAGUUCUAAAUGCAGACAAAAGCAUGGACAGCCUGAGGAGCCUGAGCACACGGAGUAGCGGGUCAACAGAGAGCUAUUGUAGCGGCACAGACCGUGAUACCAACAGUACUGUCAGCAGCUAUAAAAGUGAGCAGACUAGUUCCACUCACAUAGAAAGCAUCUUGUCAGAGCAUGAAGAGUCUCCUAAAGUGGGAAAGAAAAGUGCUAAGAAAAAAGAGUGCUGUGCUGACUCAGAGAAGAGUUGCUGUGCCAGUGACAAAAGGACUAACAGUGACAAGACUGCCCUGGAAGUGAGUACAAAUAGUGGGGCUCCUGAGGCCCAGGAUUCUCAGGCCUCUGAUGAGAUGCACAACCAGAGAGGGCUCAGCACCUCUGCAUCUGAAGAAGCCAAUAAAAACCCCCAUGCAAAUGAGCUUAUUGCACCAGAGGACCCAACCCCUGAGAAACCUGCUGAAAAUAAAGAAGAGCAGAAUGAGACGCCUGUCACUUUGGUGGAUUUAAAAGUUUGUAAAGAUACUGGUGGAAAGCAGAAGGAAGGGGAUGUACGACCCAAAUCCUCUAGCUUAAUCCACCGGACAGCCUCUGCCCACAAGUCAGGCAGGAGAAGGACAGGAAAGAAACGAGCCAGCAGUUUUGACUCUAGUCGACACAGGGACUAUGUUUCUUUUCGAGGUGUUUCUGGAACCAAACCACAUAGUGCUAUAUUUUGUCAUGAUGAGGAUUCUAGUGAUCAAAGUGACUUGAGUAGAGCAUCAAGUGUCCAUUCUGCUCAUCAGUUCAGCAGUGACAGCUCUUCUAGCACUACUUCUCAUUCGUGCCAAUCUCCUGAGGGCAGAUAUAGCGCUCUAAAGACCAAACACAUUCAUAAGGAAAGGGGUACAGACUCUGAACACUCACAUAGAGCUCAUCCUGGUCCUGAAGGAACUGGCAAAAAGAGGGCUACACGACGGACUUCCAGCACAAAUAGUGCCAAGACUCGUGCCCGAGUGUUGAGCUUGGACAGUGGCACAGUAGCAUGUUUGAAUGACUCAAAUAGGCUAAUGGCACCUGAAAGUAUAAAGCCCUUAACCACUUCAAAAUCAGAUCUUGAGGCCAAAGAGGGAGAGGUGCUGGAUGAGCUGUCUUUAUUGGGACGGGCUUCCCAGUUAGAAACAGUCACUCGAUCUAGGAAUAGUUUGCCAAGCCAGGUUGCAUUUCCUGAAGGGGACGAGCAAGAUGCAGUCAGUGGAGCAGCACAGGCCAGCGAGGAGGCAGUGUCAUUUCGCCGUGAACGCAGCACAUUUAGGCGCCAGGCAGUACGGCGCCGGCACAAUGCAGGGAGUAACCCUACCCCUCCUACCUUGCUCAUCGGAUCACCCCUAAGCCUUCAAGAUGGUCAGCAAGGCCAGCAGUCCACAGCCCAGGUCAAAGUCCAGUCCCGCCCCCCUUCCCAGGCUGCAGUGCUCAGUGCUAGUGCCUCAUUGCUGGUGAGAAAUGGGAGUGUCCACUUAGAAGCAUCACAUGACAAUGCAUCUGCUGUAGGCGGUAGCAGUUUGCAAGAUGAACUUGGUAAGUUCUCUUCUACACUCUAUGAGACUGGUGGCUGUGAUAUGUCACUUGUGAAUUUUGAACCAGCAGCAAGAAGAGCAUCUAAUAUCUGUGACACGGAUUCUCAUGUAUCCAGUUCUACCUCAGUUCGAUUUUAUCCACAUGAUGUGCUUUCUCUCCCGCAGAUUCGGUUGAAUAGGCUGUUGACCAUUGAUACAGAUUUGUUGGAGCAACAGGACAUUGAUCUGAGUCCUGACUUGGCAGCCACUUAUGGUCCAACAGAAGAAGCUGCCCAAAAGGUUAAACACUAUUACCGCUUUUGGAUCCUGCCCCAGCUGUGGAUUGGCAUUAACUUUGAUAGACUCACACUUUUGGCGCUGUUUGAUAGAAAUCGUGAGAUCCUGGAAAAUGUGUUAGCUGUCAUUCUGGCUAUUCUUGUGGCUUUUUUGGGAUCUAUUCUUCUCAUACAAGGCUUCUUCAGAGACAUCUGGGUCUUCCAGUUCUGCCUGGUCAUAGCCAGCUGUCAGUACUCGCUACUCAAGAGUGUUCAACCAGAUUCUUCUUCGCCCAGGCAUGGUCAUAAUCGUAUCAUUGCUUACAGUAGACCAGUUUACUUCUGUUUAUGUUGUGGUCUAAUUUGGUUCUUGGAUUAUGGUAGCAGAAACCUUACUACAACCAAGUUCAAAUUAUAUGGAAUAACAUUCACCAAUCCACUGGUAUUUGUAUCAGCCAGGGAUUUAGUUAUAGUGUUUACACUCUGUUUCCCAAUAGUGUUUUUCAUUGGCCUUCUGCCUCAGGUGAAUACAUUUGUAAUGUACCUUUGUGAACAAUUGGAUAUUCAUAUUUUUGGUGGUAAUGCUACUACAAGCCUGCUUGCAGCACUUUACAGUUUUAUCUGUAGCAUUGUGGCAGUAGCCUUAUUGUAUGGAUUAUGUUACGGAGCUUUAAAGGAUUCAUGGGAUGGUCAACAUAUUCCAGUACUUUUCUCCAUUUUUUGUGGCUUAUUAGUGGCUGUAUCCUAUCAUCUCAGCCGACAAAGCAGUGAUCCAUCUGUACUUUUCUCUUUGGUACAAUCCAAGAUUUUUCCAAAAACAGAAGAAAAAAAUCCGGAAGACCCUCUGUCUGAAGUAAAAGACCCACUGCCUGAGAAACUUAGGAAUUCUGUUAGUGAGCGUUUACAGUCUGACUUAGUGGUAUGCAUUGUAAUUGGUGUGCUGUAUUUUGCUAUUCAUGUAAGCACGGUGUUCACAGUAUUACAGCCUGCUCUCAAGUUUGUGUUAUAUGCAUUGGUUGGCUUUGUGGGUUUCGUAACCCACUAUGUGCUGCCUCAAGUUAGGAAACAGCUACCAUGGCAUUGUUUCUCUCAUCCUCUGCUGAAGACCGCAGAGUACAAUCAGUAUGAAGUUCGAAAUGCAGCUACUAUGAUGUGGUUUGAAAAACUUCAUGUGUGGCUUCUUUUUGUUGAGAAGAAUAUCAUCUAUCCACUGAUUGUUCUCAAUGAACUUAGUAGUAGUGCAGAGACAAUUGCCAGUCCAAAGAAACUGGAUACAGAAUUAGGUGCUUUAAUGAUCACCAUUGCUGGCUUGAAGUUGCUGCGAUCCUCUUUUAGCAGCCCUACGUAUCAGUAUGUCACAGUCAUCUUUACUGUGCUCUUUUUCAAAUUUGACUAUGAAGCUUUUUCAGAGACCAUGCUAUUGGAUCUCUUCUUCAUGUCCAUACUGUUCAGCAAGCUUUGGGAACUCCUCUAUAAGUUGCAGUUCGUAUAUACCUACAUCGCCCCGUGGCAAAUUACAUGGGGUUCUGCUUUCCAUGCGUUUGCUCAGCCCUUUGCAGUGCCUCAUUCAGCCAUGCUGUUUAUUCAGGCUGCUGUAUCAGCUUUCUUCUCUACUCCACUAAACCCUUUUCUAGGAAGUGCAAUAUUUAUCACUUCUUAUGUUCGGCCUGUGAAAUUCUGGGAGAGAGAUUAUAACACAAAACGAGUAGAUCAUUCAAAUACCAGAUUGGCUUCCCAGCUUGAUAGAAAUCCAGGAUCAGAUGACAAUAAUCUGAAUUCCAUCUUCUAUGAACAUUUAACCAGAUCCCUGCAGCACAGCCUCUGUGGUGAUUUGUUACUGGGACGGUGGGGAAACUACAGUACUGGGGAUUGUUUCAUCCUUGCCUCUGACUAUCUCAAUGCAUUAGUACACCUUAUAGAAAUAGGCAAUGGUCUUGUCACUUUCCAGCUGCGGGGCCUGGAAUUCAGAGGUACCUACUGUCAACAACGGGAAGUAGAGGCCAUUACUGAAGGUGUAGAAGAAGAUGAAGGAUUUUGCUGUUGUGAACCUGGCCAUAUUCCUCAUGUACUUUCAUUUAAUGCUGCUUUUAGCCAACGCUGGCUAGCUUGGGAAGUGAUAGUCACUAAGUAUAUUCUGGAGGGGUAUAGCAUCACUGAUAAUAGUGCUGCUUCUAUGCUUCAAGUCUUCGAUCUUCGGAAAGUACUCACUACUUACUACGUCAAGGGUAUAAUUUAUUAUGUUACAACAUCCUCUAAGUUAGAGGAGUGGCUAGCUAAUGAGACAAUGCAGGAAGGACUCCGUCUGUGUGCAGAUCGAAAUUAUGUUGAUGUGGACCCCACCUUUAAUCCAAACAUUGAUGAAGAUUAUGAUCAUCGGUUGGCAGGCAUAUCCAGGGAAAGUUUCUGUGUGAUUUACCUUAACUGGAUAGAGUACUGUUCUUCUCGGAGAGCAAAGCCUCUAGAUGUGGACAAAGAUUCAUCACUGGUGACUCUCUGUUAUGGACUCUGUGUUCUAGGACGGAGAGCUUUGGGAACUGCAUCCCAUCAUAUGUCCAGUAAUUUAGAGUCAUUCCUCUAUGGAUUGCAUGCCCUAUUUAAAGGAGAUUUCCGUAUUUCUUCAAUUCGAGAUGAAUGGAUCUUUGCUGACAUGGAAUUACUAAGAAAAGUAGUAGUCCCUGGAAUCCGUAUGUCCAUUAAACUUCAUCAGGAUCAUUUCACUUCUCCAGAUGAGUAUGAUGACCCUACUGUGCUCUAUGAGGCCAUUGUAUCUCAUGAAAAGAACCUCGUGAUAGCCCAUGAAGGGGAUCCUGCGUGGCGGAGCGCAGUUCUUGCCAACUCUCCUUCCUUGCUUGCUUUGCGGCAUGUCAUGGAUGAUGGCACCAAUGAAUAUAAAAUCAUCAUGCUCAAUAGGCGCUACCUAAGCUUUAGGGUCAUUAAAGUGAACAAGGAGUGUGUCCGAGGUCUUUGGGCUGGGCAACAGCAGGAGCUUGUUUUUCUGCGCAAUCGUAACCCAGAGAGAGGUAGCAUCCAGAAUGCAAAGCAAGCUCUACGAAACAUGAUAAACUCAUCUUGUGACCAACCUAUUGGCUACCCAAUCUUUGUCUCACCCCUGACAACUUCUUACUCUGAUAGCCAUGAACAGCUUAAAGAAAUUCUUGGGGGACCUAUCAGCUUGGGAAAUAUCAGAAACUUCGUAGUGUCAACCUGGCAUAGACUAAGGAAAGGUUGUGGAGCCGGAUGUAACAGUGGUGGCAAUAUUGAAGAUUCUGAUACUGGAGGUGGAACUUCCUGUGUUGGUAACAAUGCAACAACUGCCAGUGAUCCCCACAGCAAUAUGUCCCAAGGAAGCUCUGGAAAUCCCGGGCAGGGAUCAGGAACUGGACUUUAUCCACCUGCUACAUCUUACCCUCCAACUCUAGGCACUAGCCACAGUGCUCACUCUGUGCAGUCGAGCCUUGUCAGACAGUCCCCUGCUCGGGCCUCUGUAGCCAGCCAGUCUUCCUAUUGCUACAGCAGCCGGCAUUCAUCUCUCAGGAUGUCCACCACAGGAUUUGUGCCUUGUCGGCGCUCUUCCACCAGCCAGAUAUCACUUCGAAACUUGCCAUCAUCCAUCCAGUCCCGCCUAUCUAUGGUGAACCAGAUGGAGCCCUCCGGUCAGAGUGGGAUGGCUUGUGUACAGCAUGGCCUUCCUUCUUCAAGCAGCUCCAGCCAAAGCAUCCCCGCCUGCAAACACCACACCCUCGUGGGCUUUCUUGGGACAGAGGGGAGUCAGAGCAGUGCCACGGAUGCCCAGCCAGGCAACACCUUAAGUCCUGCAAAUAAUUCACAUGCCAAGAAAGGGGAAGUGAUUUACAGAGUCCAAAUUGUGGAUCCCACCCAAAUUCUGGAAGGGAUCAACCUGUCAAAAAGGAAAGAGCUACAGUGGCCUGAUGAGGGAAUUCGAUUAAAAGCUGGGAGAAACAGCUGGAAAGACUGGAGUCCUCAGGAGGGCAUGGAAGGCCAUGUGAUUCACCGAUGGGCGCCUUGCAGUAGAGACCCAGGUACGAGAUCCCACAUCGACAAGGCAGUGCUUCUGGUCCAGAUUGAUGAUAAAUACGUGACUGUGAUUGAAACUGGGGUACUAGAACUUGGGGCUGAAGUGUGAGCUUGUGUUUUGUAGCCAAAUUUCUUUUCCCUCUCACUUCCAAAACCUUGGAAAAAGAGGAGCUUCCAGAAGAUGCCCACAGGAUCACUUUGAUCUUAUAUGGGAGAGACUGGUGAAUAGUGGCGUGGUUCAGCACCUCCCCCUUCACCCUGGCUCUUGUCAUUGUCUCCAUUCCCAAAUAAAGCUGAAAUAUUUUUUUAAGUUAACCACAAGAAAACAUUUUGCAUGGAGGAUAAAGUUCUGUUAAAAUACAUCUUUAAAAAGUUUUUCCUAUGCAUUGCCUAUGCUUUAAAUCAACAAACUCUUAAUUUCUAAACUAUGAUUUCAUAUUUUUCUAAUUUCUUUGCCAAAAAGAAUUGCCAUGUGUUGUUAUGGAACACAAAAUCCAUUGACCUUGAUUUUCACAAAAGACCCUUGUGGAAGCGUUCGGUUUGACACUUAGCAGUAUAAAAAUUAAAUGUACAGUGUGAGAGACGAUGAACAGACAUAGAUUUAUCUUCUUAUUCCUCGAGCGCUAAAAACUUUAAUUAAAGAAAACUGCACUAAUUUUUUACAACAAUGCACUAAAUUCUGAGAUUUCUCAGAACAUUUAUUUAUAUAUAUAAAAUAAAAUACCAUUAUUUAAAUUGCCUUUGGGAUUAACCCUUCCUUUCCUGAUAAACAUAGUUGGCAGGAACUGUGCUGCUCAUUUUUCUGUUGGUAGUCUGUAUACUUCAUGCCAGUAUGUUGGAUGUGUUCUCUAAGAUGAAUACAAAAUCUCAAGAUACAUAUAGCUUCAUCUUGACACUUCCUGGAGCUAGUGAUCAGUGGAUCGGUCAUGUGAACACUACUGCCAGCUACUGUGUCCACAUCUUGGAUGAGGCCCUUGAAGUAUGUGCUCACCCAACUCCCUGCUCAGGGCAUGCUUUGCCCAGGUCAGUUCUGGGAAGAAAAUGCUUUUGCUUUUCAAAGAAGAAGAUGAAUGUCCAGGAAUUCAAAGAAAGAACUGAUUGCCUUUUCUUUUAAGAGUCCCUAGCUCUUGAAGUUAUUCACGUGAAGUUCAGUUUCUCAAGUAAAAUUUUUUUUCAAACAAAAUUCUCCAAAUGGUGCAGUUCUUAUUGUUGUAUCCCUCUUUAAUAACUUUGCUUUUAAUUUCCCCCUCUUCUUUUUCUAUUACUUGAAUUUUAUUUCCUAUAACUUAUAUUGUAUGCUUGUAAUUUGAAAUAUUUAUAACUGUGAAAUUGACUUAAUUCAUAUGUUGUCUCAUAAAUUAUAUCGGUUUUUAAAGUAUGUAUUCAGGGAAAUAUAUAACUCAGAUUUACAAUUGGGCUAUGUGGGACAGCAACUUAGAUUUAAUUUGCAACUUUCAAUGUUUUUUAAAUUAAAAAUUCCCUUCAAUUUGAAACUCCAAAGAAAAUUGUACAUCUCCUCUGAGCAUUUGGGAGCAGCCAUCUUUCUACCCAUUGGGAAUAGACAGUUUAAAAAAAAAAAAAGUAAAAUUAACUUUGGUACAUUUUAUUUAAUUCAGUAUGCCCAGGUUAUUAGCAUUUCAACCUGUGGCAUGCACUGACCAUAUUUCACAAUACUCAGUAGCUAUGUGCCUAGUGGCUGUUGUGUUGGACCGCACAGGUUUGUAGUAUCUUUUGAUAAGAUGACAGAAGAGAACUGUUUUUCCUACUAGUUCUAUUGUGUUGAUACCACAGUAUAGCAUAACAUUGCAGUAGAGGAAAUGAAAACUAAUAGCUGAUAUAAAGAAUCUUGACAUUUCCACUCAAAACCUUCUUAUUUUCCUUUUUGGUAAUUUUAAAAUCUCUGGCCAUUCAGAACCCAAUGUGCCUUGUGUUAACAUUUCCAUAGACUUCAUACUUUGCAAAUGUUAUUGUCUAAAAAUAUUUGUCAAAUGAUUUACUGAAGUUUUACACAAAAGAACCCUUCUAAAUUGACCAUUGAAAAUGUAUAUUUUCCUGAUAGUGUCAUUAUGUUGUAUAUUUUGCCUCAUUUUGGCAAAUCUGUGGUGUAGAAUAAGUUCAGUAUUUUUUUUCUAAAACUGAAUAUAUGAUAUAUCUAAUUUUUAAAUCUUCUCAAAGGGAUUAUGCUCCCUCCUGCUUGCUCCCUCUCUAAAAUUAAUAUGAUUUAUUCAUGGUCAUUGCCUAGAUAGACAAGUGGACUUUUCAGUCUUAGAUGGAAGAUAAUCCAUUUUCCACACAAAGAGGAACAAAAUAAUCUGAACUUCAGAUGAUUCCAUCAGAAGGGCUAGAAUUCUUUUUAUUCCUAGCCAUCGCCGUUCACCACCACCCCUCCCCUCAUUGAUACAUUAGAUACUCUGAAAAUUUAGAUUUCAAAUGCAAAACUGGAUUUUGUAUGAAACAUAUUGAGUCUUAAUUUGGGAUAGCAGUUGGUGGGCAUUUUUCUUGAAACAAGUUGGAUUUUGUUAUAACUCUUUACUAAAUUUAUAUAUAAGGAGCCCUAAGAGAAGCCAUGUUCUUAUAUUUUAAAUCUAAAAUUGAUAAAGUCUUUAAAAAAUCAUAACACUUUUCUAAUUACUUCAGGGGAAAUAGUAAAAAUUGAAGAAAGACUUGUGUCUUAAUAAUCUGAUCUAAAUUAAUGAAAGUAUAUAUUUCUAUAUAAUAAAUUGACUAUAAAUGUCUUAUUCCUGUCCCCUCUUCUUCUAGACAAUAGUGAGCUAUUGGUUUAAAUUCUCUGCUUAAACUUUUUCAUUAAUGUACAGGGCUUAAACAUACAUUAGUGUUUUUGAUUCGUUAUCACCAAAACUUUCAGAGUUUCAUAAUUUGAAAGCAAAGAGAUUAAAACACUAGUGUUUUUUUUAAUUUCCUUAGAGUAGAAUUGCAUGAUUGAAGUCUUUGUUUUUUCUUGUUUGAUUUUUAUCUCCCUUUUGAAAGUAUAAUACUGGAAUGAGUUGUAAGUUGUUGUCUUUUUAAGUUUUUUUCCUCUUAUUUAGUGACAAAAAACAUUUGUAUUACUACAGAUUAAGCUUUAGUUUACCUUCCACAUUAUACCUUGGUGUGAGUUCUUUAUACCAUUUUCAAUAUUUGAUAAAACUUUAAAUGUUGACUUUUUUGCUAAAGAGCUUUAAUUUUACCAAGAAUCUAGGUUAACAUAAGAUGUUGAUAUUUAUGGAGUUUGGGAGAGUCCUCAUGAGGCUAUCUGUGUAUUUUUAAGAUGAGAUUAUCUUUUAGGAAAUUAGUGAGCAGACUUUUUAAAUUUAGUGUUUUGCCUUCUUUGGGCCUACAUUACUGGAGGAUUACAUUCCAUUAGAUUUGAAAUAUUUUGAAAAAUAUUUCAAUGAUAUCUGAAACAUUUCUAAUCUUGAAACAGAAGAUAUCAGACAAUAUUUCUGCUAUGAAGGAUAUAUGGAAAAUUCUUGGGCACCAAAUGUCAGCCAAGGAAAAUACAAGUUUUCAUAUAGGAAACUGUAGCUUAUUAAGAAAAUGUAUUAUUCCUUCUGGAUUAGUUUAUUUUUCCAUCUCCUAUCAAAAUAUAAAUCGCAGCUUCACAUCUAAGUGAGGGUACUCAGCCUGAAUAAAUCCCACUUUGCUUUAAACAGCGUCCUCCACUUAUGCUUAGAAGUUCAUCUGCUAUAUUGAGCUGUUCAUCUAGAACUGGGUGUUUUCAAACGUAAGACUUUGUCCAGUAUCUAAAAUUGUCUUUUAAUUUAAGCUAACUUUAAAGCAUUCUUAGUCCUAAACAAAUAUGUGACUUGAGGAAAAAAUAGUAGUAGAUUUAUGUAAGAAUUUUUUGACUUUAUGUUUACUAGCUACAAAACAUAAACUGCUUCCCAGACUAUUUAUUUAUUUAUUUUUUUGCAUUGCUGGGAAUGGAACCCAGGGCCUUGUGCAUGCAAGGCAAGCACUCUACCAACUAAAGCUAUAUCCCGAGCACCCCAGACUAUUUUUUAAUUUUAUUUUUGUUUUAAUUAUUUUUUAUGAAUAUAAAUUAAUCCCUUUCUGAUAUUUCUUAGGUCUUUUUCUGCGGGGGGUACCAGGGAUUGAACUCAGGAGCACUCAAUCACUGAGCCACAUCCCUAGCCCUAUUUUGUAUUUUAUUAGAGACAGGGUAUUACUGAGUUUCUUAGUUUCUCUAAAUUGCUGAGGCUGGCUUUGAACUCGCGAUCCUCCUGCAUCUGCCUCCCAAGCUGCUGGGAUUAUAUGUGUGCGCCACCACACCCAGCCUCUUAGUUGUUUUUUAAAUUCCUCUGUAUUCAUUCUCAUUUUCUUUUACAUUAUAGUGUAAAAUAAUCAUAUAAAAUUACUUUGGACACAGACCCAGUUAAUUUUUUUUCUUUUGAUAUGCUACAUAUCAAAUAAGGCAUAAAAUAUCCCUUUUAAUUUUAGACAGUUUUCCUUUAACUCUUAAGAUGAGUAGAAAGAAUAAUGUCAGUCAAGGUACCUAGAACCUGUUAGUGGACUUUGAAUUUUCUUUUUCAAAUUUAUGUGGACACUGAAUUUUAUUGAUCAAGAGAAAAAGGAAAAUUAGAUACUACCAUGUACUUAGCAUAAAUUUUAAUAUUACACUGAGUAUGUGUAGGGUUUUUUAAAUAUUUAAAAACUAGCCCCUUUUUUCUUCAUUUCUCUUAAGAAUAGAUUAGUUGAUAAACACCCAGGACUUCUUUUAAUCUUAUUAAAUGUUUAGGUAAGAGCUAUAAUUGGAAAGGGAUUAUUAUAAAAUAGAUCUGUUAGAAUAUGAAUAGAGUAUUAAUUUUGCUUGAAACAGAGGUAUAUUUUCUGCUAUGAAUCACCUCACCAGUCAUCUGUCAAGAAUUAUGUGUUUAAGAAUUUCUCUUUAUUGCCUAUAUGCCACAUAUUAUUUCUGAAUUAGGGUAUAUAACUCAUUUGUGAGCUGAAUUUCAUUACCUGCCGUUUUGUGGAAUCAACACUCUGGAGAAACUAGAGCUGAUUGUCACUGCAAGGUCACAUGACAACUUUGUCCUAAGACUUAUACCUAUUAUAUAGGGUCUUACCAUUUUCUUACGCCUCAGCUCUGUACCUGACCUUUUAUGAUUCAGUGGAGCCAAGCUAGAAGCAGCAAAGGUCAUGUGACAUGUGAUGAGGAUGAAUUCCUGGGUGAUGCCUGCAAAGAUGAGGUGAUGCCCUGGAAGUCAGAAUAGAGAGCUGACAGAGAAUGAGAUGGCUGCUCCAGAUGACUCUCGAGUUUAGUGUACUUGUAGUUGAACAAGAUUUUUUUAUAUAUGAAGCUUGAUUAUACAACCAAAAUAAUGAAAAUGGGUGGGGUCAUAUCUGCUUAUGCUUUUUAAAAGCUUAUAGUUUAAGUAAAAUUAAAUUGUAAAAAUCAGUUACGUUAACCCUGUACAAGUCUGGCAAUGAGCUCUGCAUGAGGAAAUGAAAGGAGAAAUAUUAAAAGCUAUCCAGGAGAGUAGAUAUGAGGAAGAAAAAUGGGUUUCCCUUUUCUGAUCAUGGGCUCUGGAAAGUAUUCAUUGCCUUUACCAGCAUUCAGUAUAAACCAGAGGUAAGGAUAUACGUACUUGCGUGUGUCUGUGAGUGUGUGUGUGUGUCUGAGUGUUAUUCCAAACAACUUGUAAAUACUGUAGUUGUUUAAAAUGGAAAAUAAAAGUUGAGGGGUUUUUUUGGCAAAUAUGUUGCAUCAAAAUACAGUAUUGACAGUGGAUAAAAUACAGGAAAUAAACUUUUUUUCAUUUUG